UGAAUGCGUGUGGAUAGACUGGUCGCACUUCAGCUGGUGAAAGCUUUAACUGCACUUCCUGAAAAUAGAAACCGGAGUGACACCUUCGUGCAGUGCAAUAGCGGCACUUUCUCUCGUCUCCUUCCUCCCGGGUCGGAACAACACGCGCAGCGGCGAACAAGCUCCACUCCGGUCCGAGAGACGGCGAUCGGGCUUCGGCCUCAGGUGCAUCUCUGAGGCGGGCUGACGCGGAAGUCCAGGUGUUGUGGAGGUAUGGACUGUAACUGCGUCAGUGAUCUGCUGCUCCCCCCGGUGCCUGCACUCUGGACGCCAGGGAUUGCCUUCCCAGACUGGGCCUACAAGCCUGAGUCGAGCCCCGGGUCCAGACAGAUCCAGCUGUGGCACUUCAUCCUGGAGCUCUUGCAGAAGGAGGAGUAUAACGGCGUGAUCGUGUGGCAAGGGGACUAUGGAGAGUUUGUGAUCAAGGAUCCGGACGAGGUGGCUCGGUUGUGGGGGGCCAGGAAAUGCAAACCUCACAUGAACUACGACAAGCUGAGCAGGGCACUGAGGUAUUACUACAACAAGCGCAUUUUGCAUAAAACCAAAGGGAAGCGUUUCACCUACAAGUUUAACUUCAGUAAGGUCGUGUUGGUGAACUACCCCCUUCUGGAUAUGGCCAACUCUCCCUUCUUUCUGGCCCAGAACCACUUCAACGGGGGCUCCACCGCUCCAGACUGCAGCCCAGAGGCGAUACAGUCUCUGUUUCCUCGUUUGCCAGACUCUGGCAGGGGAACGUCCCUGUUUGAUCGAGGGACCACGGCACCAGGGCCCGAAGGAGACAAGCUGAGACUGGAUGCAUUCCCCUUCCUCAGUACAGGUGCACCGUGCUACACAAAACCCCCGUCACUGCUGGGCCCGUACCCUCGCAACCCACCCUUCGACUACCCCUGGGGCUUCAACCCCUACCUCCCAGGGGCUUUCUCCCUCAAUAACUGCCCCAAACUGCCCCCUGGCUCCCUCUACCCCUCCCAGUUUUACCCCAACCCUUUGCAGAGCGGCCUUUCCCAGCUGCCUCACCCCUUCUCCUCCCUGCUCACCCCAGGGGAGGCAGGUGGGGGUGAGAGGGGAGCAGCGGGGCAAACCGGAGGGACAAACGGCACAGCGGGUGGUCAGCCGGUCAGACUCAUCAUGCCACCUUUCCCCGGGAGCCUGUCAAUGGGUCGGACGGACAUUGGCAACGGGGCGUCAUUGGGGGAACGGGAAAGAGCGGAGGCCAAUCCUGCGGGCACAGGUCUGAGUCUGGGGCUGGGAGCCAUCGGCCUAGGAACUGGGACAGGGACAGACCGGCAGAGCCCCACGGAGAAGAGAGGAGGGCUGAAGCUGGACCCGGAGUCAGACUCAGACCUGGAGAUCACAGAUCUGAGCGACUCCAGCUCUGACAACGAAAACGAGCACGAGUUCGGCAUCAGGAAGGAAUCCAGGCUGGGGAACCGCUCACAGAUAGUGUUGGAUGGAAAGAAAGGGCGCGUGCUGCCACCCAUCUCCUCUCUCCCCCCGACAGUGUCCCCACGUACCCUGAAGAGACUGAUGCCCAUCAGUCCGCCACCCCCGUCCCAGCCUCCAUCACGUUCCCCCUCUGUGGCUCUGCAUGACAGACACAAGGAGACAGAGACUCUCAAAAUGAUACACAGCUAAUACAUUUUCUCUCGCGUCCACCAUCUUGCCAGACUGUGAUAACUCUCUUUUUCUCUCCUUUCUUUCCCUCAGACACUUUUUUUUUUUUUACUUUAAAUUCACUCUCCGUAGAUCCAGAAAAGGCAGUUGUGCUCUUGACUUCUGAAAUGACUGUUUCCCUGUUUGCUGUGUAACUUUUUUAACUUGCCUACAGACCAUCACACUACCGACUCGUCCAUCUUAGAAUAUAUGUGGCGUACAGUUUUUUUUGGGGUAUCGGCUGUGUGUAUCACCAACUUGUCCUUUCUGUUUUGAUCCCUCGCACCAAAUGAUCGCUCCAUGGUUUGUAGACUUGUUUUACACGUUGCAUGCAGUACUCCACAAUUUGCUGUCUGCGGCUGAGCUAUGAUAGAAGGCGGUGAGGUGGUAAAUUGCAACACAGCAGCGUCUGCCUCGACAAACAUUAACAAACAACAUCCCUAUACGAACAGAACACAACAACAAAUAAUGCUCAGAUCGAUCCAAUUUUACAGAUUUGCCCUGUAAUUCUUGAGAUUUGGACUAUACAUAUGUAAUCACUGUGACUUUUGAGACAUAGUCAAAUACUGCCACCUAGUGGUCCUUUCAGUCAAUGUCUCCUUAAAUGAAAUCAUCUUCCCUCCGUAAUCCUGUGAGUGAAAUUGUUGCCCUUAAGUUUAUUUUGCACUUAUAUUGUUUGUUGCGGGUUAAUUUAAAUGUUAAAAUCCAUAUUUCGAAUAGUGUCAACUGUGAUAGUCUGUGAAUAUUUAUUUUGUCCUGUGGUUCAAGUAUUUCCUGCACAUUUUCUGAAAGGAAAGAAAAAGAGAGCAGAAUGAGCUGGACCAACCUAGAAAUUUGUAUGAACAUUUCAGUGUAUAUAUUUUAUUAUGUUGUACAUUAUAUUUAAUUAUUAUUCACUAUGAUAAGAUUUAGCUGUAUUGUUGUGAUUUAAUUCAGUAUUUAAACAUGUUGGAAAAAUUAUAAGCUUAGGUGUAUCAAAGUUUAAAUUAUUAAUGGAGGACGAUCUGCACUCUGAAGAUGUUUUUCUAUGAGGAGGACAGAGUUCACACUGGGAAUUGUCUCUGAUAUUCUCGACCCCAAUUAAUUGUGCCCUUUGGUCAUUUUUGCCAGAUGCCCAAUCUACGAACCCUUUGGCUUAAAAAAAAACAUGCCAGUAGACUUAUUUUUAUAGUUAGCAUUCACCCGGUGUAACUGUACUGUAAUUAGUCUUAUGUGAAUAAUAUUGGUCUUUGCAUUUUCUUUUUUAAAUCCUCCCCCGAAAAUCUGUUUUGAUUAUUUUUUUCAAUCAGUGCUUUCUGUCCGUGCCAGCAGCAGGGCAAUUGGUUUUGCUUGAGGACAUUAGAAAUUAAUUAAAUAUUCAAAAACUGUUUAUGUUUGCUCUACCCAGAUCUAAUGACCAACAUCCUGCCUCCGGCCCGUUUCUCAACACAUAAUAUUGUACAGCUUCAUAGCCUUUAUAGCCUAUGGUUUGUCAAACAGUGGCGGUAUACGAUUAGUUGUGAAAGCUCUAUUGUAAAGUUAAUGUAAAGCUCUAUGUUUGUUGCUACAGGAAAGGCCUCCAGUCACCUCCGCGUGGAGUACACCAACCUACAGCUGUAAAUACUGUUUCCUUUGUGUGUGUAUGUGUGUGUACACAUCCAAAAAUGACAAUGCAGUGGUUUUACUUGUCAUCUCUUUGUUUUACUGUAA